AUGGCGGACGCAAUUGUGGAAGGAACUGCGAAAUUGCAGCUCGAUGAAGAGACAGGUGAAAUGGUCUCGAAAGGAGAACUGAAGAAGCGACUGGCAAAACGUGCGAAGAAAGCGGCUACUGCGAAAGCGAAGUCUGAAGCUCCCGCCAAAGAGAACAAUGCACCAAAAGCUGGCAAGGUCCAGGAGGUCGUAAAGGCGGAGCCCAUGAACAUGUUUGCCCAGGGGUUUCUGGAUGAAGUGUAUAAAGAAAGACCAGUGAAGCCAGUCGUGACUCGAUUUCCUCCUGAGCCCAAUGGAUUCCUACACAUCGGACAUGCGAAAGCUAUUGCUGUCAAUUUCGGUUUUGCGAAGUACCAUGGAGGGAAAUGCUAUCUACGAUUUGAUGACACAAAUCCAGAAGCCGAGGAAGAGAAAUACUUCGUAGCGAUUAAGGAGAUGGUUAAAUGGUUGGGAUUCGAACCAUGCGCAGUCACAUAUUCCAGCGAUAACUUCGCGAAACUUUACGAGAAAGCAGAGGAUCUCAUUAAGAAGGAUGGAGCGUAUGUGUGUCAUUGUGGGGAUGCUGAGAUAAAGGCUCAGAGAGGUGGAGAGUCACAUGGCCCACGAUUCCGUUGUGAACACGCGAAGCAGCCCGUCGAACAGAACUUGGAGGAAUUCCGAGGCAUGCGAGAUGGCAAAUAUAAACCAAGAGAGGCCUUCCUACGGAUGAAGCAGGAUAUCGAGGAUGGAAACCCUCAAAUGUGGGAUCUAGCCGCUUACAGAGUCUUGGAUGCUUCGCACCACCGUACGGGAGAUACCUGGAAGAUAUACCCUACCUACGACUUCACCCAUUGCAUAUGCGAUAGCUUCGAAAACAUCACCCAUUCGCUUUGCACAACAGAAUUCAUUCUUUCAAGGGUAUCAUAUGAAUGGCUGAACAAGAAGUUGGAAAUCUAUGAGCCAAUGCAGAGAGAAUAUGGGAGACUCAACAUUACCGGGACUGUUCUGUCGAAGCGAAAAAUCGCAAAACUUGUCAACGAGAAAUAUGUCAGAGGCUGGGACGAUCCAAGACUAUUUACACUGAUCGCAAUUAAGCGACGUGGUGUUCCUCCUGGAGCCAUUCUUGAAUUUGUCAACGAGCUCGGUGUUACGACAAAUCCAACGAAUAUCCAACUCGCACGAUUUGACCAGACUGUACGAAAGUAUCUGGAAGUCACAGUACCUAGGCUCAUGCUUGUACUUGAUCCUAUACCCGUUGUGAUCGAAGAUGCGGAAGAAAUUGAGCUCGAUAUUCCAUUUUACGCCAAGGCACCCGCUAUGGGCAGUCACAAACUCAAGAUGACCAAAACUGUGUACAUUGAGAGAAGUGAUUUCCGGGAGGUCGAUAGCAAGGAUUAUUUCCGGUUGGCACCAGAAAAAGCUGUUGGGUUGCUCCAAGUUCCAUAUCCCAUCAAGGCCGUGUCUUUCACCAAGGAUGGCGAUAAGGUCACAGAAAUUCGCGCUGUAUAUGUGAAGGAGGGGAAGAAGCCAAAGACAUACAUUCAUUGGUGUCCUGAAGGAUCAAGAAAGGUUGAAGUACGAAUCCAUAACUCGCUAUUCAACUCGGAUAAGCCAGACGAUGCCGAAGGAGGAUUUUUGGCAAACAUCAACCCUAACAGUGAAGAGAUUUGGUCAGAUGCGUUGAUUGAGUCUGGAUUUGAUGAGGUCAAGAGACGCGCUCCAUGGCCAGAAGCGGCUGGCGAGUCAGAACUGGGCAAAGGAGGUCCAGAAUCCAUCCGAUUCCAAGCUACGAGAGUGGCCUACAUGGCUGUGGAUUCAGAUAGUACGGACGACAAGGUUAUUCUAAACAGAAUUGUCAGUCUCAAAGAGGACUCUAACAAGUAG